UCUGGACUUUUGUUGACCAAUAUAUUGUUGUUAGUAACAUAUGAGUGCAGUUCGUCACAAUCGUUCGGUACAUACGUGCGGGAUAAGGUGACACUUAGCAACUUCCAUCGCCAACAUGAGUACGAGGACGGCUAUCGUGGUGACGGCUAUUGUCACGGCAAUCAUCGUUACAGCUAUCGUCGUCCCGUUAACAUAUUUUUUACAUCCAGACUACGAAUCGUCAGAUUCAGACUCGUCAGAAGUAACUACAGAACUGCCGGAAAACGAACGAUUUGACUGUUACCCUGAAGAUGGUGUCACGAAAGAUAGUUGUGAAGAAAGAGGGUGCAUUUAUGACGACUCCGUUGGGAACGGAGAUACGGUUCCAUAUUGCUAUUAUCCGCCUGGAUAUGGGGCCUAUAAAAUGAGCGGGAGUGUGGAAGACAUGGCAUGGGGUUAUCGCGUUACUCUGGUUCGUAUGGAUGUACCAUCUAUGUAUGGAAAAGACGAACAAACUGUCAUUUUAGACCUAGAAUACCAGACCGACAAUAGACUUCGAUUUAAGUAUUACAGUCAGUUAAAUCCAAGAUUUGAAGUGCCGCUGGAAAUGCCUGCAGCUACCGUCAAGACAAGUAACCCUAAGUAUGACGUACAAUUUGUGGCAGAACCGUUUUCAAUGGCCAUAGUACGAGUAGAUACCGGUGUUACACUAUGGAACACAUCAGUUGGAGGGUUCACAUAUAGCGACCAGUUCCUUUCCCUGUCAACCCGACUACCUUCCAAUUAUAUUUAUGGAUUCGGUGAGCACGAACACCAGUCAUUUCACCACGACUUGAACUGGUUGACAUGGGGAAUGUUUUCAAGAGAUCAACCACCAGCGUAUCUAGGCAACCUGUACGGAGUUCACCCCUUCUAUAUGUCAUUAGAAGAAGACCACAACGCCCACGGUGUAUUUCUACUAAACAGCAAUGCUAUGGACAUAACAGUCCAACCCUUACCAGCGCUGACAUACAGAACGAUUGGCGGCGUCCUGGACUUCUGGAUGUUUCUCGGACCCACAGUUGGAGACGUAGUUUCGCAAUAUACCGAGGCAAUUGGUCGACCAUACAUGCCGCCGUAUUGGUCAUUGGGUUUCCAGCUGAGUCGCUAUGGUUACAACAGUCUGGAUAGAGUUAAAGAAGUAGUAGCAGGAAUGAGAUAUUAUGAUAUCCCACAUGACGUCCAAUACGGGGACAUCGACUACAUGGAGAGACAAUUAGAUUUCACCUAUGACUUAGAAACAUAUGAUGGUUUACCGGAAUUCGUUGACGCAUUGAAGCUAACUGGUACCCGUUAUAUCACGAUUCUAGAUCCUGCUAUCAGUGUCAAUGAAACCGUAGGUACAUACCCAGCGUACGACAAUGGAACAGCUAUUGGCGUAUUUAUCACAGAGUCGGAUGGAAAGACGGAACUAUUGGGCAAG